AUGGCAUUUUUGAGAUCACUGGCCGGCGUGGCCAUGUUGGCAUCGGCUGCAACAGCUGCCAACCCAUCAACAUCUCCAGAUAUGGGUCCCGCUGCCUUUAUGUGGCCGUCAGACAGAGUGUGGUCCGCUGCGGCGGAUAAUACUGCACCUUGCGGAUCGAUUGCUUCUGUUGGCAACCGAACAAGUUUUCCAAUGACUAACGGUCAAGUUGCUCUCGUUGAUCAAAAAGAAGCCUUUAGUGUUGAACUCAGCAUUUCGUACAAGAAUGAUCCCACGGCGAACAAUGACUUCACCACACUUAUCAAGCCUGAAGUUUUCGCAGAGUUGGACAUGGGCCACACUUGCGUCAACCUUGCUGACCCUCCGUCUUCUGUAAAGCCCGGAGCAAACGCUACUUUGCAGAUCAAGUACAUCGCCAGCUUUGACAAACCUGAGAACGAGACCUUCUAUGCCUGUGCCGACAUCACCUAUGUCGAGUUCUCCAACUUCAAAGACAAGAUUCCCUGCUUCAACGCGACCCAGCCAGACAGUGGUACGAAGACGCCAACCCCAACUCCGACGCCGGAUUCGUCCAAGAAUUCAGGGUCUGGAGGAUCUGGUCUCUCAGGCGGUGCUAUUGCUGGGAUUGUUGUUGGCGUCGUCGCUGGUGUCGGGUUAUUAGCCGCUGCAGCAUUGCUCAUUUACAGGCGAAAGCAGCAGCGACUUCGCAGCCUGCGACAGCAGAACUCGGCUCGAGCAGUGAAGUGGGAUGAGCAGCCCAGGGACUCGAACUCCAACAGGAGUGUGCGAAUGCAGAACUUGUCGUCGUGA